UUACACCUCUGAUGAUCAGCCUUUAAAAACCAUCAUCCCUGAAACAGGUACUACAAGAGUGUUAUUUAGUUCAGCUUGUGACUCAGCUCUGCAAAUGAGACACCCAAGUCAAGGCCCAGAGUCCCAGUGUGGCUCUCUGAAGACAGUUCUGGGGAUGGAGGAGAAGGAUGCCUCUGAGUGUUUGGAGAAUCAGACUGGGAAUCAACAGAUUGAGGAGCAUUCUGAGCAUGAAUUCUCACCACCUGACAAGAAUGACAAGCUACCUGUCUGCUCACUUCCUGAGCCAGACAAAGGACAAGUCCAGAAACCCGAAGAUGUUGUUUCAGAAGAGGGACUCACAGAAAGAAAGAGCCCUGAGCCUGGUCAUUCUCUUCUCCCUCUGGUACCUGAGAAGAAUACUCUAGAUAUUACAGCCAUUUCAGUCAAGUCUGACGAGGAUGACACGGUCAAAAGUUCUCCCAUAUUAGAUGAUGUCAUCCAUUCAACAGCAUCUAUUGAUCCGUCCGGACAGCCUGUAGCUGUUUCUUCUCCUUGUCAUGAUGUUACAGUCCUGGAUACUGCUGAGCUGACUGCUUCCAGGACCUCCAGGGCAAUAGCAACCUGUGAGAACAUUGUUCCCUCAUCCUCUGAGGACUUACAUUUGGCUCCCACCCCAGCCAAUGAUACAGUAUCACCAGCUUCUCAAAGCCAAGAUCUGAAGAAGGACUUAAAAAGGAGUUCUGACUCUGAAGAAGCAUUUGAGACACCUGAAUCAACAACUCCUGUCAAAGCCCCUCCGGCCCCACCACCUCCACCUCCAGAAAUCAUCACAGAACAAGAAAUCAAACCACAGCCACCUCCAGAAGACCCAGGCUUGUGUUCGGAGACGGUUUCCCUCCCGGAUGUGCCACAUAGUGAAUCAGUGGAAGGAAGCCCUUUCCGUCCUCCAUCACAUUCUUUCUCCACUGUCUUUGAUGAAGACAAACCAAUAGCCAGCAGCGGGACAUACAACUUGGACUUCGAUAAUAUUGAAGUGGUAGAUACUUUUCAGACCUUGGAACCCAACUCCUUAGAUGCCAAGAAUCGGGACUCCAAAGUGAAUGUCCGGAGAAAAUCAACAGAUUCUGUCCCAGUCUCCAGAUCCACUUUGUCCCGAUCUCUCAGUUUGCAAGCCAGUGACUUUGAUGGUGCUGGUGCUGCCUCUCUGGAAAAUAAUGAGGCAGUGGCAGUAGCAGCUGAUGCAUACAGCACGGGUACAACUAGUGCUUCUAGUACCCUUAAGAGAACUAAAAAACCCAGGCCCCCUUCCUUAAAAAAGAAACCGGCCACCAAAAAACCCACAGAAACACCACUGGUCAAAGAAACGCAACAAGACCCAGUGGAAGAGAGUCCUGUUAUCAGCGAGGAAAAUCCAGUAUCUGAAACAAAUAUUGACUUGAGCAAGAUAGAAACUUCAGCACCAGAACUCUCAGAGGAGAGCCCACUGGAGACUACUGUUGGAUCAAAAUCUGCUUAUCCCCUGGACCCUGAUAUUGCAGAAGGGGAUAUUCCACCUACCACUGGCAGCACCAAAGUACAGAACUCACCCCCAGUUGGGAAGAAAACAUUGCCUCUGGCCACAGCUCCUGAAGCAGUGGAAGUGACCCCAUCUGAUACUGGAGGGCAGGAGAACUCUCCAGCCAAAGGGCUCUCUGUAAGGCUGGAGUUUGACUAUUCUGAAGAUAAAGGAAGUUGGGACGACCAGUUGGAAAAUCCUCCGCCUCCCAAAAAGAUAGGUAAAAAGCCAGUUGCCAAAAUGCCACUAAGGAGGCCAAAGACUAAAAAGACAGUGGAAAAACUUGAUAAUGCUCCUGCCUCACCCACCAAGUCCCCCAUUGACCCGAAUGAAAUCCCUAUCUCCAAAGGCUCUUAUACCUUUGAUAUAGAUAAAUGGGAUGAUCCUAACUUUAACCCCUUUUCUUCCACUACAAAAAUACAAGAGUCUCCCAAACUGCCCCAACAGACCUACAACUUUGAUGCUGACAUCUGUGAUGACUCCAUUGACCCAUUUAAGUCAUCUUCUAAGAUCUCUAGCUCCCCUUCUAAGUCCCCAGCUUCUUUUGAGAUCCCAGCCAAUGCUGUUGAAACCAAUGGUGUAGAAGGAGACAGUGUGAACAAGCCUGCAAAGAAAAAGAAGACGCCUCUAAAGACUGAUACAUUUAGGGUGAAAAAGUCGCCAAAACGGUCUCCUCUGUCUGAUCCACCUUCACAGGAUCCUACUCCACUGCCUACACCAGAAACACCUCCAGUGAUCUCUACUGUGGUCCAUGCAACAGAUGAAGAAAAACUAGCCGUGACUAAUCAGAAAUGGACUUGUAUGACAGUGGAGCUAGAAGCUGACAAGCAGGAUUACCCUCAGCCCUCUGACCUGUCAACUUUUGUAAAUGAGACCAAAUUCAGUUCUCCCACAGAGGAGCUGGAUUAUAGAAACUCCUAUGAAAUAGAAUAUAUGGAGAAAAUUGGCUCCAACUUACCUCAUGACGAUGGCACCCCGAAGAAACAGUCUCUGUAUCUUAUGUUCGAUGCCCCUCAGGAGAGUCCAGUCAAAUCUCCUCCAGUUCGGUUAUCUGAUUCCCCAACUCCAUGUUCAGGGUCAAGUUUUGAAGAAACAGAAGCUCUGGUGAAUGCUGGAAUGAAAAUCCAGCAUCCAGUCUCAAGAGUCUUGGCUCCAAACCAAGAGACACAUUUGCAGGCUUCAGAGAAAUCGAGCCAGAAAGAGUCUAUGGGCUUAGGAACAACUUCAGAUGCUCUUGAAAGAACAGCUCCUGAAGAUUCCUAUGUCUCUGCUGAAGCUCUCCUCAAUAGGAUAUCUCAUCAAACCUCAAUAUGUGAUGCGCUUGAAUAUCUAGAGCCUGAUUUAGCAGAAAAGAAUCCCCCAAUUUUUGCUCAGAAACUUCAGGAGGAGUUAGAGUUUGCGGUCAUGAGGAUAGAAGCACUGAAGCUAGCCAGACAGAUUGCCCUGGCUUCCUUUGGUUCCUUAGAUACCAAGAGAGAGGCUGCCCUCCCAGCAGAUGUUCCCAUCUCUAAAACUGCCUUGUACUCUCGCCUUGGGACUUCUGAGUCAGAAAAACCUCCAGCCCUUCUUUAUCAACAAUCGGAUAUAGAUGCAUCACUUCGAAUCGCUAGAGAAGAGAUCAUCACAAAGGAAAGAGAGGUCUCAGAGUGGAAAGACAAGUAUGAAGAAAGUCGACGGGAAGUGAUGGAAAUGAGGAAAAUAGUGGCAGAGUAUGAAAAGACCAUCGCUCAAAUGAUAGAGGAUGAACAGAGAGAAAAGUCAGUCUCCCACCAUACUGUCCAGCAGCUGAUUGUGGAGAAGGAGCAAGCCUUGGCAGACCUGAACUCUGUGGAGAAAUCUUUAGCUGAUCUUUUUAGGAGAUAUGAAAAAAUGAAAGAGGUCCUGGAGGGGUUUCGCAAGAAUGAAGAGGUGCUAAAGAAAUGUGCUCAGGAGUAUUUGUCCCGUGUGAAAAAAGAAGAACAAAGGUACCAGGCACUCAAAGUACAUGCAGAGGAAAAACUGGACAGAGCCAAUGCCGAGAUUGCACAGGUCCGAGGAAAAGCUCAGCAGGAACAAGCUGCCUAUCAGGCUAGUCUCCGAAAAGAGCAGCUAAAGGUAGAUGCUCUGGAAAGAACACUGGAACAAAAGAAUAAAGAAAUAGAAGAACUGACCAAGAUUUGUGAUGAACUAAUUGCCAAAAUGGGGAAAAGCUAACUUUGAACCAAAUUUUCGGACUACACUAUUGAGUGCAAUAUGACCA